AAUGUGUUGGAUCGACACGAAUACGAGUUUGUGUUGAAUCGGGCGUGUCUUCAGUUGGAGCCAAACGAUCCCAAAUACAUAGAGAUAUGUCAGACGACAUACGAACACAUUGUGGCCAACAGUCAGUUCGGAGAGUCUGUGAGCGACGCUUCGGCUUUAGUGCAACUCUUUUAUGUCAUUCAUUCACAAGACUCGCAGCUUUUGGAUGAAAUCCAUUCGGAAGUGGUCUCCGAUUUACCGCUCAUUAAGAAAUAUAUAUCUGAAGAGUCAAAAGAGAAAUCAAUUCUUGAGCUCUCACUUCAAAAGUAUGAAGAAAUACAGAGAGAAAAGGCGUCACUGAAUGAAGAUAUCAAUAGAGCCCAUGGAUUGAGUGCAUAAACCACUGCUUUGUGUUGUCAUCAAAUGCUUGUUGUCUUCAUUUUGUGCAAACCAUAGAAGACUGGCUUCACAUUUGUCUUCAUUGCUAAUUAAACUCAACAAAUGUUUUGAUAAAUUUGUAAUUAUAAAUAAUUAUGGAUUGAUAUAAUAAAUGCAAAUAAACUAUAUUAUAGUUAUUCACAAUUUGCAGCACAUA